AUGGCGUUUCAUCUCUUUCACGUCAUUACUUUUCUCAUGCUUGUGGUAGUGGGAACAAAUGGUGCAAUGUUACCACCACAACUUUAUUGGAAAUCCAUGCUUCCAAACACUCCAAUGCCAAAAGCCAUCACUAAUCUUCUACUCCCUGGACAAUGGAAUGAAGGGAAAUCAACUUGGGUGGAUGCAAAUAUGGAUAUUGGAAAUAAUAGAGCAUGUCCAUUUUGUUUUUAUAGGUAUGCUGCAACUGAUACUCAAUUGCAUGAUAAGUCAAAUGUAGCACUCUUCUUCUUGGAAAAUGAUUUGCACUAUGGUAAAAAAUUGAACUUACAAUUCCCAAAAAUAACCUCAAAUAAUAAUGGACCAAAAUUCUUGACUAAAGAGGUUGCUGAUUCAAUACCAUUUUCAUCAAACAAAAUGGAAAACAUUCUUGAUAAAUUAUCCAUCAAGAAAGGAUCAAAGGAAUAUGAAAUUGUGAAAAAAACAAUCAAUGAGUGUGAAGAAAAGGGUAUCAAAGGAGAGGAAAAACUUUGUGUAACAUCAUUAGAAUCAAUGGUUGAUUUUGCUACCUCGAGACUCGGAAACAAUGUUGAAGCUAUUACAACAGAAGUGGAAAAAGAAAGUAAUGAGUGGCAACAAUAUGUAAUAGCAAAAGGAGUGAAGAAAUCGGGAGAUAAGAACAAAACUAUGGUCUGUCACAAAGAGAAUUACCCUUAUGCAGUUUUUUACUGUCAUAAAACCGAUACAAUUAAUGUUUACUCUGUGCCUUUGGAAGGUGUUGAUGGAAACAGAGUUAAAGCUGUUGCUGUUUGUCACACUGAUACUUCAGAAUGGAAUCCUAAACAUAUUUCUUUUCAAGUGCUUAAAGUUGAACCUGGAACUGUUCCAGUUUGUCACUUCCUCCCACAUGAUCAUGUUGUUUGGGUUGCCAAGUGA